AGAGAGAGAGAAGACACAGGAGAAUAGAAGGCAGUUGGAGGGAGCUGUGAAGCUGGGGACAAGAGAAAUAGGAGGAUAUAGUUGUCGUCUUCCCCCUCCUCUCCUUCUCUCUCUGAAAGGCCACUCCGGGAUCAAGUGGCAGCCGUUCAGUCUCAGCUCAACUUCUGCUGCUGCUGCUGCUGCUGUGUCUCUGCCUCUGCCUCUAAAAUUCACUCACUGCACCGUUUUCAUCCACUUUUUUAAUUUUUAUUUUAUAGAUAUAUAUAUAUAUCUAUCUGUGAAAGAAGUCACUCACUCACUCACUCUCUGGUCCUGCAGUGUUGUGGAGCGCUGCAGGAUAACAGCAUGCCUGCUGGGAGAAGAAGAGAUGGAGCCGGGUCUGGGACGGUGGUGGCCCCGCGCCGGGCCCCUCAGUCCGGGCUGUGGAUGAUGCUGCUGUGGAGUGUUGUGCUGCUGCUGCUGCUGCUGGCAGGUGGUGGAUGUGCGGAGGCGUGUCCUGCGCCCUGCAGCUGCCUGGGCAGCACGGUGGACUGUCACGGCCUGGGCAUCCACUCCGUCCCCAAACACGUCCCCAAAGGCACCGAGAGGCUUGAUCUGAAUGGAAACAACCUGACAGUCAUCUCUAAGACAGACUUCUCUGGCCUGAAACACCUACGAGUGCUUCAUCUGAUGGAGAACCAGAUCAGUAACAUUGAGAGAGGAGCUUUUGAUGAUCUGAGGGAGCUGGAGAGACUUCGGCUCAACAAGAACCAUCUGAGCCAACUCCCAGAGUUGCUGUUUCAGAAGAACGAAGCUCUGUCUCGACUGGACCUGAGUGAAAACGCCAUCCAGGCCAUUCCACGGAGGGCGUUCAGAGGAGCCACGGACAUCAAAAACCUUCAGCUGGAUAAAAACCAUAUCAGCUGUAUAGAGGAGGGAGCCUUCAGAGCUCUGCGCUCCCUGGAAGUCCUCACGCUGAAUAACAACAACAUCAGCAGUAUUCCAGUCUCCAGUUUCAACCACAUGCCCAAGCUCCGCACCUUUCGUCUCCAUGCUAACUCUCUGCGCUGUGACUGUCAUCUGGCCUGGUUGUCACCGUGGCUGCGUCAGCGGUCAGCGCUGGGUCUCUACACUCAGUGCAGCUCCCCUCCCAAGCUGAGGGGCCUCAACCUUGCCGAGCUGCGUAAGAGUGACUUCGCCUGCUCAGGCAAUGGUGGCAGCGCCUUUGUUCAGCCGUGCAGCCUGGCGUCUGGCUCCUGUCCUCCCAUGUGCUCCUGCAGCAACAACAUCGUGGACUGUCGGGGGCGGGGCCUCACUGCAAUACCCGCCCACCUCCCUGAGGCCAUGACUGAGAUUCGUCUGGAGCAGAAUGGCAUCAAGUCAGUUCCUCCAGGUGCCUUCACUUCCUACAAGAAGCUUCGUCGAAUAGACCUGAGCAACAACCAGAUCUCUGAAAUCGCUCCAGAUGCUUUCCACGGCCUCAAAGUGCUCAAUUCACUGGUUCUGUAUGGUAAUAAGAUCACGGAGCUGCCCAGCGGAGUGUUUGAUGGUCUGGCCUCACUAGAGCUGCUGCUGCUCAACGCUAACAAGAUCCACUGUGUCAGGGCAACGGUGUUCAAAGACCUGGAGAACCUGGCUCUGCUGUCGCUGUACGACAACAAGAUCCAGAGUCUGGCCAAAGGCACCUUCAGCUCACUGCACAGCAUCCAGACACUCCACCUGGCCCAGAACCCCUUUGUGUGCGACUGUAAUGUGAAGUGGCUGGCUGACUUCCUGCGGUCAAACCCAAUAGAGACGAGUGGAGCCCGAUGUGCCAGCCCUCGCCGCCUCGCCAACAAACGCAUCGCACAGAUCAAAAGCAGCAAGUUCCGAUGCUCCGCCAAAGAGCAGUACUACAUCCCAGGAACGGAUGACAGGCGUCAGAGCUAUGAGUGUAACAGUAAACCAGUGUGUCCCACCAAAUGUCGCUGUGAGGCAAAUGUGGUUGACUGCUCCAACCUCCGCCUCACUAAGUUCCCUGAACACCUGCCCUCCUCAACCGAAGAACUGCGUCUCAACAACAAUGACCUCUCUGUGCUGGAGGCCACCGGUGCCUUCAAGGGUCUGUCGCAGCUCAAUAAAAUUAACUUGAGCAACAACAAGAUCUCAGACAUUGAGGAUGGAGCGUUUGACGGCGCCUCGUCUGUGGGGGAGCUUCACCUAUCAGCCAAUCACCUGGAGUCUGUGCGAGGCAGCAUGUUCAGAGGCAUGGAGGGAUUACGCAUGCUGAUGCUGAGGAACAACAGGAUCAGCUGUAUCCAUAACGGCAGCUUCACGGGCCUGACCAACGUCAGGCUGCUCUCCCUCUACGACAACCAGCUGAGCACCAUCCUGCCCGGUGCCUUCGACACGCUGCCAAACCUGUCCACGCUAAACCUCCUGGCCAACCCGUUUAACUGUGACUGCCGUCUGUCCUGGUUUGGCGCUUGGCUACGCAGCAAACGGAUUGUGACGGGAAACCCUCGCUGCCAGGGCCCAGCCUUCCUACGAGAGAUCCCGCUGCAGGACGUGGCUGUGCCGGACUUCCGCUGCGAGGAUGGCUCGGUGCUGGAGGACAGCAGCUGUGCUGCGGGGAUUCAGUGUCCGAGCCAGUGCACCUGCAUGGACACAGUCGUCCGCUGCAGCAACAAACACCUACAGGCUCUGCCCAGGGGGCUUUCUCGCAACGUCACCGAACUGUAUCUGGAUGGAAACCAGUUCACCAGUGUUCCCAAAGAGUUGGCCUCCUUCAAGUACCUGCAGCUGGUAGAUCUGAGCAACAACAAAAUCAGCUCCCUGUCUGACGACUCCUUUUCCAACAUGAGCCAGCUCACCACGCUGAUCCUCAGUUACAACUCACUACAAUGCAUCCCUCCUCUGGCACUGGGCGGCCUGCGCUCGCUGAGACUCCUCUCUCUCCAUGGCAACGACAUCUCUGAGCUCCAGCAGGGCAUUUUCAGUGACGUGGCCUCCCUGUCUCACCUAGCGAUCGGAGCCAACCCUCUGUACUGUGACUGCCGUCUGCUCUGGCUGUCAGACUGGGUGAAGAGCGGCUACAAGGAGCCCGGCAUCGCCCGCUGUGCCGGGCCCCGCGGCAUGGAGGGCAAACUGCUUCUGACCACGCCCGCCGACAAGUUUCAGUGUCAGGGUCCUGUAGAGGCGUCUGUCCAGGCCAAAUGCAGUCCGUGUGUGUCCUCUCCCUGCCAGAACCAGGGCGUCUGCAAACCUCACCACACACAACUGUUCACCUGCACCUGCAAAACUGGAUACUCGGGGAAACACUGUGAGACACCAGUCGACGCUUGUGUCAGUAAUCCCUGCACCAACGGAGGAACCUGCCUGAGUGAUGAGCAGACCGGAGGGUUCAGUUGUGCGUGUGCAUUUGGUUUCCACGGCACCUUCUGUGAGGUGAACAUGGACGACUGUCAGGAACAUGGAUGCGAGAACGGCGCCACCUGCAUUGAUGGAGUUGGGAACUACACCUGCUUGUGUCCUCCAAACUACACAGGUCUGCUUUGUGAAGAAGAGGAGGGGGUUUGUUCUCCAGGUAGAAACCCCUGUCAGCAUCAGUCUACCUGCUUCAGCUCUCCUACUGGUGCCAGGUGUGUGUGUAUCCCUGGCUGGGUGGGGCCAAACUGUGGCAUAGAUUACAACGAAUGUGUGGAUCAUCGCUGUCAGAAUGGAGCCCAGUGCGUCGACCAACUAGACGGCUACAGCUGCGUCUGUCCACAGGGAUACAGUGGACAGUUUUGUGAGGUGGCCCUCAUGUCUCCCUCACCCUGCCAGCUGGCUCGCUGUCAGAACGGCGCCCCCUGCAUAGAGAAGCUGGGCGCGGCGCUGUGUCAGUGUCUGCCGGGCUUCGAGGGUCUGAGCUGUGAGAAGCUUGUCAGCGUCAACUUUGUCGACAGGGACUCUUAUGUUCAGCUUCAGGAUGUCAAGAACUGGCCUCAGGCCAACAUCACGCUGCAGGUGUCAACUGCUGAGGACAAUGGAAUCCUGCUCUAUAACGGAGACAACGAGCCCAUCGCCGUGGAGCUUCAUCAGGGUCACGUCAGGGUCACGUAUGAUCCUGGAAACCAGCCGGCCACUUCUAUCUACAGCACUGAGACUGUGAAUGAUGGGCGUUUCCACACUGUCGAGCUGGUGACCUUCAACCGCAUGGUGAACCUGUCUGUGGACGGAGGAGAGCCAAUGACUCUGGACAGUCAGGGCCGGAGCCAGCUGGUGCCUGAGGAGGCCCCUCUGUAUGUGGGAGGUAUGCCAGAGGAGGUGAUGCCUGCUUCUCUGGGCGUCUCAUUUCAGUCCCUCAACACGUCCAGUUUCCAUGGCUGCAUCAGGAAUCUGUACAUCAACCACGAGCUGCAGGAUUUCACCCGCAGCCACAUGAAGCCUGGGGUGGUGCCGGGCUGCCAGGCCUGCCGCAAGCUCUACUGCCUCCAUGGCGUCUGCCAACCUGAUGCUGCACAGGGACCCCAGUGUCACUGUCAGACAGGGUGGACGGGACCACACUGUGACCAGCCAAUAGCAGGAGGCCUUACUGGGGUGGAUGUUGUCACCACGGCAACAGGUGUCAACUUGUGUGAAGGCAGCAAGUGCGUGAACGGUGUGUGUGUGGUGCUGGACACACAAACCUACCGCUGUGACUGUAAGGAGGGAUACCAUGGUGCACUCUGUAACCUGCAGGGGGAGCCAGGCGGGUCCUGUCAGAGUCUGCAGUGCCUGCACGGCCAGUGUCAGAAGACGGACAGAGGAGAGAGUUGCGUCUGUGAGCAGGGAUACACCGGCGAGAGCUGUGAUACAGAGUCCCCGUGUGGAGCUGAGCCGGUAAGAGAUUACCACCGACUGCAGCGCGGCACCGUCCUCUGCCAGACCUCCAAGACUUUCUCGUGGGUUGAAUGUCGCGGUCGGUGCCAGGCGAGCAGCGGGCCGAGUGUCUCUGCCGCCGUCGCCCCCUGCUGUGCUCCCCUGAGGCUCCGACGUCGACGACUCACCUUCGAUUGCGACGACGGGACCUCAUUUAUGCAGGACGUGGAGAAGCCUGUGGAAUGUGGCUGCAAGGAGUGUGUGUAGCACUGUGGAUGAUGCACACACACACACACACGCACACCCUCUCCCGUUUAUCCAAACACAACACACAACCAAGAGGUACACACACUGUCACUGACCAACAGACAUUUUCAGUGUUAGUUUUAUGUGUUCUUUGCACACAGACAUGGUUUUGUACUGUAACACAGGUCUUCCCUUUUGAGACAUGGAAUCAACAUUUCAACCUCAUCAUCAUCAUCAUCAUCUUCCUCGUCCUCGGCCGCUUCAGGAGAACCUGCCACUAACUACCUAACACCAGCUCAUGAUUAACACAGUGUGUGUGUGUGUGUGUGUGUUGAAAAGCCCUCACAGUCAUAACAGCAAAGAGCGACGGGUCACAGGAAACAAAUUGUUGCAAAGAUUGUUGCACUCCUUGACAUGUUAUCUUGUAAUCUGGAGGUUAGUGGUACAUUCAUAUCGAACGCAAAGCAGUUUUUGACGUCGCUUUACUCCAGCGGUUACUCAAGUAAAAGAAGGCGACUCCUCGACACUAGAACUAACUAACGUUCAUAGUUAGUUCUAGAGGCACAAACUGUCCUCCAUUUCUGAUACAACCUUGGGAAUCUCAGCACCGACUGACUUUCACAUCCCGCUCGCUCGAGUGCACGCGAUGCCGUCUUUGCAUCUUCACAGGAUUCAUGGCACAUAUUUGUUUUCACCUGAUUCACUUAAUGCAUCUUUGCAUUGAGCCUUGUACAUAAUCUAAUUGCACAAACAGUUGGUGUUGUGUACACUGAAUACACCAUUACUUAACAUAACCUUUAACAGCAUAACCCUUCACAGACUCGUGGUGAUCAAAUUGGCAGCAUGUUUUGUUUUGUUUUUGUUUUUGUUUUGGACAGAGACAGUAAAGUGCAGAGAGGAAACAGAUUGAGGCUGAAGACUCUUUAAUCGCUUUUUUGAAUAAUCCACAAAGUGACUGUUGAUCACAUGCCCGAAAAGUGUGAACAAGAUCAACAAUGUGUCGUAGUUCAGGCUGCAUUUGAAGGCCGGACGUGUCACUGUCCUAUUUUGAGUGCUCGUUUGAAAGCAUCUGAUUAAUGUGUCCAAUGCCAAGUAAAGAACAAUCCAACACAGACACUUACUGACCCAAACUGUCCAGGACGAAGGUGAAGAGCUACAGUACAGUCACUGUUCAUACAGUACGUUCAAGAAAUACCAUCUGUACCAUGUCCACCUACAGCUCUGUUGUUGGUCAACAGCAGUGAAUUAUUGUAUAAAGCUUUUAUUUUUGUUCAGCCUUCAUGAUCUACAUGGCCGACAAAUGGCGCAGCCCCUGAAUGAGACGAAGCUAAUACAGUAUGUCCACUACACUGAUGAUUGUUCAACAGACAGAGGUCAGGUGCUUUCAUUUUAACAGAAGAGGCAGUUUCAUGUGCUGACCUUUCAAUAACCAUCCAUCCAUGUACUACACUUAUCCCAUUUAAGGGUCAUGGGUGGGUGCAGGGGCGACAGCUGACCCCAUCCAGACAUCACAGCUCUGACCUCACAAUAACCGGGAAGGUGAAAUCCUCAAUCUGUCACCCACCUCAGAGCAUUUUGUGAAAUGGGAAUGAACAGGAAGUGCUGAUUAAAGACAUUUCUACUUUGUGCUACUUUGACGCACUAAUGUCUAUACGGUCACACACAGAAAACACUGAAGGAAUCAUUUUUACUUUACUAUUUAGAAGGGAAUAUUUUUCAGCAGCAUAAACCUCACAGCAUUUUUCCUGAAUUAAAUGCAAUUGAUUUGAUCAACUUUAGGGUUUAGUUCAUUUUAACUUAACUUCACUUGAAGCUCGGGUUUCUAUUUAGUUUCUGAAAGAUAUUUUUAAUCCUAUUUGUUGAAAUUCUCUUCACACUCUGAUAGGAAAAAUUAAAAAGAAAGUUGUCUAUAGCCCUCAAAGGACUGUCAAAAUUCUGGAUUUGGUCCAGGGUAUAAAGUUGAAACGAAUAUUACGUGACAUCAUAAUAUUCAAAGAUACAAAACUGCAGUUUAGCUUGUGUCCUCCUGUCUAAUGCGCCUUUAUGCUUUUGAACUCAAAUGGUGUUUUAAGGAAAGUCAAACAUUGCGGUUAUGAUAGCUGGAGGUUAGCACGUUAGCGAGUCAUGUAAAAGUGUAGUGUCCACAAUUCAUUGUUUUCCAACAGAGAAUGACCUUGUGUGCUUCGGUGGUGGAGCUUGGAUGAGAAGGUCCAUGAGAGGAGGUGGAAUGUAUAGAUUACAUUUAGUCAGAAUGUAGCUUGCUAUUGCUAACCUUUCCACACAUAUUGACCCGAGCUUAAAGACUUAUUUAUGCUCCAUGUUUUGUAAAGGAAAUGGACGGGGCCUUCUGUCCCGAUGCUCAACCUUCAUUUGAUCUGUUUUCCAAUGCUUUCAGAAAUGCGGACAUUUGUACAAAUGUGUGAGCUAGUAAUUAAAGAUACAAAAAUUGAUAACCCAUGUUGGAAAAAAGCAAGACAUCCAGUGUGUUGGGGCAGACCUCACAGGAGGGGGUGGCAUGUAUCGUUGCAUAUUGUACGAUGCUAUUGCUUACUUUUCCACACUCACUGACCAAAGCUUUUAAUUGAAACCAUGUGUUGAAACCAACAGGAUGGAUUUAGUCUGGAUAGAUCGGUGCAUUGUUUAAAGUCAAAUUAAACAAAUGUUUCGGACCUUGUUUUUAAAUGAACAGUGAUCAUCAGCGCCACCUGCUGCUGCAGUCACUAAGCAAACAUUUAAUACUCUAAAAUAAAAAAAAGAAGAAGGACGUUUAGUGAGAUGAGCUUUUGUUUCAUUCCUGUAGCAUUGCAUGAAGACAGCCCAAAGGUCAAUGAUGAUGGAGUUCAAGGGGGACAGCAGAGGUCAUGGCAGGUGUCCUUUAUCACUGUGUGUGUGUGUGUGUGUGUGUUCCAGGUGGGGACAAAAAGCAAGCAUUUUAAGAUGAAGACAUGUUGUAGGGUUAAGGUUAAGGUUAGGGUUAAAGGUCAGUAGUCGUUAUUAGUUAAUAGUAAGCUUAGAGAUAACCAGACCCCGGCAGAUAACCAACAAAUAUCAGUUAGCAUAAACAAAAAGGGCUGCUGUCAAUAUUUUUGUUGAAUUUAUUCUUACUGUCCAAUUCCCAACUGUCUGCUGAUGAUGACAGAAGCUGCAUGUGAUUACGGUGGACGUUGUGAUGUAGUGUCCACUCUGGGGUUAACCUGGCACAUAGUCGCUAAAACAUUCGGACUCACACUACAAUGUUUUGUGUAAAGUAAAUGGUCGUAACAUUUGCAACCACUUGCAACACUGACAAAAACACUGAUAAUCAGGGUCCCACGCAGGGUUGUCUGUGAUUCCAUUGCGGCCACACCUGUGUCUUUGAUGAUGAUACAGUAUUAUUGGGGGCCGCAGAUACUGACUUUCUUUCUUAGACUUCAGGACGUGAACCGGAUUUCAACAAAUAAAAUGAAACAUGUUUCAGGAACAGAUUACAGACCUGAGUGGUCCAGAAUUAGUAAUAUGAAAUGGUUUGACAAAAAUAAGACUCCCCUCAUUCAGCCCCCCUCCCUUUUCCUUUGCAUACCAGAAAGGAUUAUGUUGUCAGCUGAUGAUGUUCCCAUAGAUACCAACGUUAUAGACCACACUUUUCUUCAUUAGGUUAAGCAUCGGGCUCCUGUAGGUUUUUUUUUUUUUCCUGUUUUUUUCUCAUCAGCUGUGGAAACAAAACGGCACAAGAUGGUGUUAUUGUUUAAUAUAUUGUUAAAGCACGACUUUAGAUCUAGUAUGUACUGUGUAAAAUGUUGAGAUAUUAAGGUGAGGAAGACCAACUAUUAUUAUUAUUUUCUUAUAUUUUAGAGCAAGUCUGCACUUAUACAAACAUGCUUAUAGGUAGUAUAUUCAUUUUUUUUGCCAACAAACCCUUCUAAAAUGUAUGCACUGGACCUUUAAAGAAAAAUAUUUCUCACAAUGAACCACUGCUUUUUUUUCUUCUUGCUUUUUUUAUGAAUAAGAGACACAGAUGUACUGUCAAUGGUCCCGAGGAAUUUGAAACAAAACAAAAGAAAACAAAAGAAAAGACUGGGGAUAAAAUCAAGACUCAUGAUGUGAAUGACAGAAGUGUGUGUGUGUGACUGUCACUGUAAGAUGUUCCAAACAAGAUGGCGGGAAACACAAAUGCCACAGGAAAUGUAGCUUUUUAUAGAUGAUGACGUGUAAUUUGUACAUGGAACUGAUAUAAACUGUGUGUAACAUGAAGUUUUUAACAUGUUUUUUAACCUUUGAGCUAUUGUUCCUAACCAAGGCAAAGUGGUGUCAUGAAUCACAUUUAAACUAAUGUAGCUUUUAUUAUUAUUAUUAUUAUUAUUAUUAUUAUUAUUAUUAACAUGACUGUAACUGCAAUAUAUGUGUACACGCACAGUAACAGCCUAACAGAUUGUAAUAUAUAUUAUCAUGAGCUUUACCGUGCUUUUCAUUUUGGUCAUAGUAUAUUUAUAUGUUGAUGUUUUCUCUGUAUAGAGUUUAGAUCAAUUUAUUGUUUUCAGUUAGAAAACAGACAAAAAGAACUAAAAGUUUCCAAACAUGUUUUUGUUUUUCAAAAAAGAAAAGAAAAAAAAAAGUUUGUGUUUCUGUUCAUGUUGUUUCCUCUGAGUGGAAACAAGUAGUGCUUCUUUAUAUUUAUUUAAAUAAAGACCUGU